UCUCCGCCGCCCGGAGUGCGCGGAGCUGGGAGCGGCUUGACCAUGGCCGCGAGGAGGGACUCCGUGUGGAAGUACUGCUGGGGAGUUUUGAUGGUUUUAUGCAGAACUGCGAUUUCCAGAUCGAUAGUUUUAGAGCCCAUCUAUUGGAAUUCCUCGAACUCCAAAUUUCUACCUGGACAAGGACUGGUACUAUACCCACAGAUAGGAGACAAAAUGGAUAUUAUUUGCCCCAAAGUGGACUCUAAAACUGUUGGCCAGUAUGAAUAUUAUAAAGUUUAUAUGGUUGAUAAAGACCAAGCAGACAGAUGCACUAUUAAGAAGGAAAAUACCCCUCUCCUCAACUGUGCCAGACCAGACCAAGAUGUAAAAUUCACUAUCAAGUUUCAAGAAUUCAGCCCUAACCUCUGGGGCCUAGAAUUUCAGAAGAACAAAGAUUAUUAUAUUAUAUCUACAUCAAAUGGGUCUUUGGAGGGCCUGGAUAACCAGGAGGGAGGGGUGUGCCAGACAAGAGCCAUGAAGAUCCUCAUGAGAGUUGGACAAGAUGCAAGUUCUGCCGGGUCAACCAGGCAUAAUGAUCCAACAAGACGUCCAGAGCUAGAAGCUGGUACAAAUGGAAGAAGUUCAACAACGAGUCCCUUUGUCAAACCAAAUCCAGGUUCCAGCACCGACGGCAGCAGCGCCGGACAUUCCGGGAACAUCCUCGGUUCCGAAGUGGCCUUAUUCGCAGGGAUUGCCUCAGGGUGCAUCAUCUUCAUCGUCAUCAUCAUCACGCUGGUGGUGCUCCUGCUCAAGUACCGGCGGCGGCACCGCAAGCACUCGCCGCAGCACACGGCCACGCUGUCGCUGAGCACGCUGGCCACGCCCAAGCGCGGCGGGAACAACAACGGCUCGGAGCCCAGCGACAUCAUCAUCCCCCUGAGGACUGCGGACAGCGUCUUCUGCCCCCACUACGAGAAGGUCAGCGGGGACUAUGGGCACCCGGUGUACAUAGUGCAGGAGAUGCCUCCCCAGAGCCCGGCCAACAUUUACUACAAGGUCUGAGGCCUGGCGGU